AUGGCAGUUUCCAGUGCUAUAAACAUUCGUCCACUUUUUGCCGGAUAUCCCUUUCAAGGUCAGGGACGCGUCAACCAAUUGGGAGGUGUAUUCAUCAAUGGACGCCCGCUUCCCAAUCACAUUCGCUAUAAGAUAGUGGAGAUGGCGGCCGCCGGAGUCCGUCCGUGUGUCAUAAGCCGUCAGUUACGUGUCUCUCACGGAUGUGUCUCCAAAAUACUCAAUAGAUAUCAAGAGACUGGAAGUAUACGUCCCGGAGUUAUAGGAGGCAGUAAACCACGAGUUGCCACUCCGGAGGUCGAGAAGAAGAUCGAAGAAUACAAGAAAGAAAAUCCGGGUAUUUUCAGCUGGGAAAUCAGGGAUCGACUCAUUAAAGAAGGAAUUUGUGACAAAAAUACAGCUCCGAGUGUGAGCUCAAUAAGUCGUGUAUUACGUGGAAGUAAUAGAGGCAGUGAUUAUAGAAGUGGUAAUGAAAGCGAUGUUUCAAUUAACGAAUAUUCUGUGCGUAAAGACCACAGCAUUGAUGGCAUAUUAGGCGGACGGAGUGGCGAUGACUCGGAUUGCGAUUCAGAGCCGGGAAUCCCAUUGAAGCGAAAGCAGAGGCGAUCGCGCACUACAUUCACUGCCGAACAGUUGGACGAACUCGAGAGGUCUUUCGAGAGGACACAAUACCCCGAUGUCUACACUCGCGAAGAGUUGGCACAAAAGACCAAAUUGACUGAAGCGAGAGUACAGGUUUGGUUCAGUAAUCGUAGGGCGCGUUGGCGUAAACAAGUCGGGGGCUCACAAAUGAGUUCUGGCUUUAUGUCAACACCCCCUCCAAUACCCUCGUCUUCGAGCUCUAGUAUUAACAUCGGAUCAUAUUCUCAAUCAAACAUUGCAUCCCAUUAUAUGGAUGGACCAGAAUUUGCACACAACGAAUCUGGUUGGACUCGGAAUAGUCACCAGAACUUUGGGCCUUCAGUUCAACCAUCAUUUAUAGCAUCACAUCAGAUGACAGCUCAUCCCAAUUACACGAACGAUCAUUUUAGUCAACCGAUGCUUAAUAUACUGAAUACAAAUAAUAGUGCCGGACAUCCAACUAAUGCAUCCAACAAUGAAUUACAAUACAGCGGUCACAACGCCGGCGAUGGCAUAGCGCCCACUCAUUGGUCGUCGGCGUCGUUGAGUUGUGCCCGAAAUAUAGCCGACUCUACUUCUUGGCCUCACACUCACUCCGCUUUCGUCACAUCUAAUGCCGGCUAUCAAACCAAUUCAUAUUUC